AUUAAAAUAAAGUAUCGAUGACAAAUUUUUCAAGAAAUUUAUUUUAAAUACAUUCUUAAAAGAUCAAAAGUGUAAAUUAUAGUGUGUAAAAAGUUUAGAAAUUAAGACUUUUUUGCAGCUGUGAAAAUUCUCUCAGGAGAAUAGGUAUCUAUAUAAUCAUCAAGUUCAUCAAACAGAUCCGACAUUACCUAAUGCAGAUGGCGUGAUACUUAGUUACUGAAGAUGAUUUAUCACGGAAAUUAUUCUAAAGAGCAUGUAUUAGAUUCCAACGUGCAUAUACAUACUUGUGCACCGGAUAGUGCUCCGGAAUGCUACUACAUAUUAUGUAUAUUCAUCCGGAUGAGAUAUUGCAUAAGUAUACAUAGAGUUACAGUGCGUUUUUUGAAUUGCAAAUGUGAGUUGCUCUACAGUGAGGCUUAUCGUUUUAUUACGUCGUGUUUACAAUCAUUGAGAUGGCGAGCAGCGAUAGUGUUAUUCAUCAUGCUCAACAAGAGCUAACCAGUGAGGAUAAGAAAUAUGCAGCAACACAUUUGAACGAGACUGAUGAGACUAGAGAAAACGCCAUCGCGGAGAUUACACAUUGGAUUGAGAAGAGCGACAACUUGCUAGUGCCCGCACAAAUUGAUAACUUUCUUAUUCUGCGAUUUUUGAGAGUCUGUAAAUUUAAUCUUGAGAAAACUAAGGUCAGGAUUCAAAACUAUUAUAAGCAACGAUCUGACUUACCGGAAUGGUACACAAAUAAGAAUCCAUUUCGACCAGAAUUGCAGGAGCUUCUUGAUUUGGGAAUAUUGUUGCCUUUGCGAAAACCAGACAGUCAAGGAAGACUUGUUUUUAUUUUGCGCGGAACUCGGCAUGACCCAAGCAUACACAAAAUACCAGAUUUAUCUAAAGCUUGUGUAUUGGCAAUAGAAGCAGCGAUAAAGUAUUAUCCCGCAGCAUCUGUGUAUGGUUAUGUAGUAUUCAUAGACGUAGCCAAUCCAACUAUGGGUCACAUUUUUCAAUUUCAACCCUACGUGUUAACAAAUUUGAUUCACGCGUGGCAAAGAUGCUAUCCCAUGAGAUAUCAGAAAAUUGUUAUUUUUAACGCGCCAACAAUCUUUGAUAUUGUUGUGAAAAUUCUCAAAUCUUUUAUGACCGAGAAGAUGAAGAGCAGAUUUUACAUUUACACAAAUGCACUGCACUGUUUCGAAGAUAUUCCAGCUAAUAUCUUGCCUGUCGAAUAUGGUGGUACAGAUGUCACACUUCAGGAAUUAACAGAAUAUUGGAAAAAAAAUAUCGAGGAAAAUCGUGAUUGGCUUACAAAAGAUGAAAAUGACCAAACAACUCAGACAGCUGAACCUGAAGAGACAGAAUCUCAAGAGAUUACUCAUCUAUAAAGUUUUUACAAAUAAAUUAACACAGUUAAGAUAAGCAAUUAUUUACUAAAAGAUAAGAAAGAUAAUUUAUCGAAUUCUAAAGUGUAUAAUAAACUGUACUACGUAUUACUGUACUACGUACAAAUUUUUAUAACAAAUUUAUUUAAUAUGUAUAAUAUAAAUAUUUACUUUUGUAAAAUAUUGAAGGAAGGCUGAAAAGAACCGUGAAUAGUUUAUAAAUCAGGAAAACAACAAAUUUAUUUCGAAAUAGUAGAUUUAGAAAGUCAAUAGAUAAAUUUGCUUUUAACACGCUUAAGUGUGUUUGUUAACUAGAAUAAAAGCACGUAACAUGGAACAUUUAAUUUUAAGGGAGUUCCGCUGCUAAAUUAAAAUGAAAAGAUUUUCAUGAAACUUUGUAGAGAAGUUCAAAUUAGUGAUGUAAAUUUACUGUCAACAUUUCAGAAACUGAACUAGUUAGUUAUUUAGAUGUUAAAUAUUUUAUUAACAUGAGCUCUUGUGGAAAUCGAUAAAUUUUCAGGACUUUUCAGUUUUUAUUGUCGUAUUAAACAUAGAAGUAAUGAACAGAUGUUAGUGAAACUUUACAUCUUAGCUGUCCAAAAAAGUACUUUUAAAUUUUUGAAACGAUGCACUUGCUCGUUUGAGUAAAAUAAUUGAUAGGAUAAAAAAAGUUUACAAUAAUCGAAGUAAUACAUCACGUAAGUGUGGUAAAGUGUGCUAAUGAUAUAACAUGAAUUUCAAAUUAUUGUAUUUAGUUAUUUAAGGGUGGUAUAAUUUGUGAAAAAUAUUUAUUCUUAAUUUUUAAAAAAA